AUGGCCCCAUCGGUUCAGUACCGCCGGAAGAACAGCGCAAUCACGGCGGCGGUCUUUUGCGGCAGCCCUUCGCACUCCGCUGAUGCCUUAGCUCAGGCUUUUUCUCCGUCAUUUUUCUUUUCGACGGAGAGCGGGGCUGUCUGCUACGCGGACGAUCUUGGUCAUUGCUCCGAGGUCCAGCAGCUCACCUCACCGGUGGACAGGCUCAUGUUCUACGAGGCUGCCCGGCGGCUCGUGGUCAUCACUCGGUCGCUCCUCAUGACUCAACUACAGGCUAACGUACCUAGAAAAGGUAUACCAAAAUACAAUGGACCCCAAGGGUUAGCAGAGCGAUAAAAUACAAGAAAACAAAAGAAUCAGAAACAAAUAAAUAAAUAAAUAGUGGAACGUGCGCACCACCAGCCUGGGGGGUAGCCUUCCGGAAGGACCCCAAGGGUCAGCAGUACGUGCCAGUAAAACAACAAAACAAAAUAAAACGAAAUAAACCAAAGACAGACGAGGACAUAAACAAACUCGCACAGAGGCAGGGAUAUCCG